AGCUUGCAAUCACAAGUUCUUUCAACUUGUAUCCAACUUUUCUCAUUUCCAGGUCACACGUCUUGCUUUUACUCAUAUCCCUUUACCGGAGGCUGUUCGUUUGCUGUCAGAGUCCUUGCUCGGUUCUGUGGCACCUGCUUUUUUAAUGCAGCGUUAUUUAUCUAUGGAUAUGAUCUCCUCCAGCGGUAGUCAAUUAUCAUGCAAACCGGCUACAUUUCAUCUCGAACCGGAGCUGCAGACCGCUUUAUUAGCUACUGUUGCUGGCUGGCUUCUGCCUUUUCUUCCUAUGUCCGGACAGACUAAUAAUAUUAGCCUCUUGUCUACUGCUCCUGAUGAUUCGUGUAAACAGCAUUCAUAUUCUCAGAAUACAGUCCUCAAGGCGGCUUGUGGCGACAGGAAAUUGAAUCUCAUAGAGUCUGCUGGCUUGGCCACAUUCACUGCACUAGCCUAUCACACCGGACUAUUUGCAUGUGUAGCAAAUGCCUUGUUGGACGAGAUGGGCCGUCAUUUGCUAAAGUCUGGCAUAAUUUUUUCCCACCAUUGGUCAUCUUCCAUAGCGAACUCAGUUACGGAUAUGACAAAAGCCCAUUCAACGGACGACGAUAAGGAAUUAAAUUCUUAUUUUCCACCUGUCUGUGGGCCAGCUUACCUAUCAUCUCUGCAAAUUGACCCUAAGCGCCGCGACGAAAUGUUAGCUCCUCUCCGUUGCCUCAUCCCCAGUGUUUCUCGAGUCCUUCGAUUUAUAAUUCAGCAACAUCAAGAGACUGGUGAAUCCUACGCUCACUUGACUGCUCCCAUUAUCUAUCACGCUUGUCUCCUGUGCUUCGAACUAGAGCCGAUCGUUUUGCCACCUUCUCUUCCAUUAUGUCAUCAGCUUUUUGACUCUUUUGGUCCAUACCAACCCACAGAUGGUCAUUUCGAUACCAAACAUUGCCCCAUUGAAAACGCAAUAGGUAAUAAGCCAUGUGUGGACUUAACUCUAAACAAGUUUCCAAUUUCAAUCUGCGAAGAGGGAGAGAAGGAUAAAGAUGAGUCUGAUCUGGAUUCUGGAUCAGCUGGAGGUCUUCAUGUUCUCGAAUGCGGUGCUGAUUCGAUAGAAAUUAAGAUGGGGGGUGGAGGCCUAUCAGCUGAUGCAUUAAAUGAUCAUUAUGACAAUGAGGCACAAAAGAAUGGCACCAGCAUCACUAUUUCUCCUCACCAGGUCGAAAGUGCUAUCUGUCUUAGCGCGAUUGGUCUGGCUGAUAGGGGAGAACACAUCGUGCGAUCAGAACACUCAUGCCAGCCAAAUUUCGACCUGACUUGUGGGGCCGUCGAUCCUUCUUGUGAUUCAGUUGGCCAGUCGAUUGACUUGCGUAUUGCUUCCGCUAGCCCUCGAUUUUUGAAGCCCUUUCGACAGCCACUGUCUGCUUUUCUUCACAGCAAACGCACACCGAAAUCUCUCAUCCCCAUUUCACGCUGGCAUUGGGCAGUAUCACGAAUUUGCCACUUAAAUGAUACACUUUCUUGCUCAAACGCGGCCACCUCCAAGACUGUGGGCUCCAGCAUUGUCAAAGGGGAUGCCGCU